UUUGAAAACUUUUUAAAUGUAGGUUAAAUAAAGUUUGCUGUUAGGACAUAUCACAAAGUAGUAUGGACAAAAUGAAUAUGUGGAGAGCAAAAUCAGCCGUUGAUUCAAUCCUGUCUAAGAUUGAAUCAAUUAACUUUGGGGAUGGAAUCCCAGGCUCUAUUGUAGUCUAUGGUGAAACUGCGGCACCAGUGUUAACAUCCACCAAGCAUGGACAAGUCGUCAUUGCCGCUGCCCAGUAUGGAAAGGGUAAAGUUGUGGUUCUUGGACAUGACCUUUUCAUUCUUGAAUUCAAGAAAGGUAGUAAGAAGUACAUGGAACUGUUCGAGAAUAUCAAAGCUUGGGUUUCAAACAGAGAAUGCGACAAGACACCUCUGUUUAUUGAUGAUGUCAAAACCAUUGAUGAAAUUUAUGACUGCCAGGUUGUCAUGGCUAAAACAUGUGAAGACAAAUCACAACAGUUUCUGGAUGAUCUAAGCGAGUUGAUAUAUAACAAGGGGCUAGGACUUAUAUGUGGAGUAACCCCUUGGGGCUGGCAACAGCUGAACUCGAACAAACCAAUCGAGGAAAUGCAAAUAUCUGGAUUGCUCGCGAAAGUUGGGGUAUGUUUUACUGAGGAGUUUGUCAACACAGUCAAUGGCUAUCUCUAUACUCAAGAUAACAAACCGGAAACUGGAAAUCUUGGUGAAAUUCUACGCAAUCCGCCACAAGAUAUAUCCAAAGCGUUGGGUACUAUUUGCUACGUCUCUCAUCUUACACCUGGUGUGUAUGAAACUUUGAAGCCACAUGUUAAAGCCUUCAUGGAACUUUACCCCGUUGGUUCUGUCUAUCCAUCUGAAAAAGAUCCACUGUCAUUCGAGAAAAAUCAGCUUGAGUUUACCAUGCAAGAUCUAUUCUAUAACCAGAGAGAUCUUGCAGAAGGUAUUAAAGCUCCUGGGAUUGAUAAUUUCCCAGGUGACUUUGAUGUCACACCUCCCUUGAUUCAACUGCCCAUCGAAUUGAUAUUCAAAUCCAAAUUUGAAGAGUGGCAUAGCACAGGAUACUACCUCCCAGCAGGCAAAGUUAUCUACAUCAGUGUGAACCAAGGGGAGCCUGAUGAUUGGAUGAUUCAAAUAGGUUGCCAUAGUGAUGAUCUAAGUAGAUUGGAUUCAUUGAAGCGUUGGCCCAGAAUUGUAACUUCAAAGCAGCUUCAGACUCAUUUGAGUUUUGUAUCACCAUAUGGUGGACUGGUCUACUUCAGGAAUACUAAAGCGCCAUCUUUAUUGUCUGUCUGUAUCCACAAUGUGAUCCCUGCUCCAUACUUUGAUUUGACCAACCCUUCUCGGGGCCUUGAUGCAUGGAGAGUACAACGAUAUGCCCCAGGUCUCUGGGCGGAGAUUGCAGGGAGAAACAUCAUAAUCACCCUCCCUGCAGCUGCUGUUGGUGAAAUUGAUGACCCAACAGAGGUCAUUCAGAUGUGGGACAAGGUCGUUCAGCUGCACCAUGAGCUUCGUAGCACGGAUGCAACAUCACAAAGACGAGAAAGAUUUGUCACGGAUGUCCAGAUUGCAGCAGGUUACAUGCAUUCUGGGUAUCCUAUAAUGAUGCAUAUGGAUGUCAGCGAUUCCGGCAAAUUCUACAUUUUUGUUGAAUCCUCAGGCUCAUAAAGAAGGUCGAUUCUGGGGGCCGUACCAUGAGCUGGGUCACAACAUGCAACGUGAUUGGUGGACUUAUCCUGUUGUAACAGAAGUAACAUGUAAUAUAUUCUCAGUGCACGCUAUGCACAAGAUGGCUGACAUACCCCCACUGAUGCAUGACCAAUUGACCAACAAUGGCAACAAACGUAACAUCCUUAAUCACUUGAAAGGUGGCGCCACAAAUGCAUCUCUCAAUCAUCAAUUUUUCGUUCAUCUUAUCCCAUUUGUUCAACUGGCUAAUAGCUUUGGUUGGGAAAAAUACAGAGAAGUCUUUGGGCAUUUUGAGAAGACCCCAAGUGCUAGAAAAUCUACAACUGCAGAGAAGGAGGAGAAGUGGAUUGAAAUCUGGUGCCAAAUCACCAAGCGUAAUGUGAUACCAUUGUUUGAAUUCUGGGGCAUGAAUGUGUCUCCCAAUAUCAGAAAUUACAUAGAUUCAAUGAAAUUGGAGUCCUUCUUACCGGAGGAUUGGAUAAUGAACAUGUGUCAUAAAGGGACAAUAUAGUUUCAUUAAAGGGGCUCACCCUAUAAGUAGUAACAACCUGUACUUUUUAGACUAUUGAAGAAUUUGGAUAAAUACUUUAAUUUCUAUAAAUAUCAAGAGGAUUGGAUGGACUUGUGUUAAAAAGGGAAGAUAUAAUGCUAUUAAAGGGGAACAACCUGUAAGCUUCACUUCUGAUGAACUGUAAUUCAAACUUUAUUUUAUGUAAAUAUGAAAUCCUGAGAAAUUGUUCACUUUGUAUUUUGAGAAGUGAGGCUAGUCAGCAGUGCAUAAUUUUUAAAACCGACAAAUUUUCUAACUAGACAAUUACGAAUAUUCAAAUCAAUUGUUUAUGAUUUUAUGGUUAUCAUAUAUUUUAGGAGUUAAAGGUCCAGCAACUUAAGCUUAA